AUUUUUGACAAAGCUACCUCCCUCCCCACGGAGAUACACUAAACACCAUCGGUUCCCUCAGAAAAGACACACACUAAUUGUCCAAUUCAAAGAAGAAAAGCGAACAAGGGGGACUUAAAACUGUCAAAAUAUUUAAAACGAAUAUAUACUGACUCGUUGGUAUUUUUCGUGAGAAACACAGGAGAGAUUUGCCUCGUGAAAAGGUUCCUUUUUGACAGAGCUGUUGCAGCUAUAGGUGCUCGAGACGAGAGUGAGGUGAAACGAAAGUUGGGAGCAAACACGAAUCUUUCCAAAAGGGAAGCGGUGAGAUACUGAGAAUCUACCUUACUGGACACUUCGCCUCUCCACUCACUCCAUUUCCUCGCCUUCAAGUCACAAACACGUCGGCUGAGAUGCGGCUGCCAGUUACCUGGAGUUAAAUGCUAACGUUAGUCCAUGAGAGGAGAGUGCGAGUUUGGCCAAGGACUAGGAGAAAGAAGAGGGUUAUUUCCUGAAACGGAGGGACCGAGGGACAGAGCAGGGAGAGGACAUGUCUCUUUGGGUCAUACUACCUGUUAGUCUGCCUUCAUUGACCAUCACUGGAAUAUGGGUUGUGUACGUCAUGGCCCUGUACAACCAGCACGUCUGCCCUGUGGAUAACUGGUUAUAUAACCAGUCGUGUGACAAGGAGCUGUACCUACAGAGUGGACCAACGUUGUGCUGUACUCUAGACAAUGUUCCACUCAUCAGUAAAUGUGGGACUCUUCCUCCAGAAAGCUGCUUCUUCAGCCUCAUCUGCAGCGCUGGAUCCUUCAUGGUGAUGGUGAUAGUAUUCCUACGUUAUGCCCAUGUGAUAGAGAAGUAUCAGAACUGUGUGUUGAACACAGCAGGCCUAUCCACCGGCUGGAUCUGUGCUGCAGGACUCAUCAUGAUUGGCAACUUCCAGGUGGACAAUGCUAAGAUUCUCCACUAUGUGGGGGCAGGGGUAGCGUUCCCCACCAGUAUGCUGUUUGUGUGUCUUCAGUCGGCUCUAACCUACAGGCUGGCCAAGACUCAGGGAGAAUACAGCGUGGCUCACCUACGACUGGGCAUGACACUACUGGCCUUCAUCACCCUGGUGCUUACUGGCGUGUUCUUUAUCCAGGAGAGCUUCGUCCUGCAGCAUGCAUCGGCCAUCUUUGAGUGGGUAUUCUGCAUCAUCAUCAUGCUCUUCUACGGAACCUUUGCCUUCGAGUUCACCGGUGUCACAGGAGAUACUGUGAUGGUGCUAGCCAGAGGGGGAUCCCUGGGGCCCAACAGGAGAGGCCACAAAGUGGAGUCCUUAGGAGGUCCCAUUCCACCCCCCCCUGAGACCAUGUCAAUGCUGUAGUCCCUGGGAGAGAAGCCAGAGAGCUGGCCUGUACCAUUAUCAAUCUGGGGGAGGUGGAGGGACUUUUGAGUAUCCAUUGCCAAAACACCACCAUUGCAGGGUGAAGUGGACUAUGCCAAUGCCACAUAAGCCCAGGGGAGAGGAGUAGACACUGGAUGAGAUGGGGGUUUGUACUGUUCCCCUGUCCCAGCCUCCAAAGACCAUGCUUGUGUUUGCACGUCACUGAAGGAACCAAAUCCUCUUUUCCUUUUCUUUCAUCCCCCCUUUUUCCAGCCAAAGGAGGAGUGGUGCUUUACAGGAAGUGUUCCCUGCUGCUGUCUGACAUCACUGUCGUCUGGACACAGGUUAAGAGAGGAGGGCAGGCCACCAGACGGCCAGAGAGCGUGAGAGGCUGUAUCAUGAGAAAGAGAGGCUGAUAGAAAACUAGAGGAAUGCAUUUGAGAAAAGAGAUACUGCCUGUGUGGGAGAGCUAGGCCUGUGUAAUGUUAAAUUUGCACAUGAAAUCUCUUUAUUUUCAGAGACCAUUUAGUGAGCAGACAUGACUGUUUCUCCCAGUGCUAGAGUCCAAACAAGGCAAAAAGCCUCCUUCAUUUGUUCUUUAAAACGCACAAUAACAAUACCAUGACACCCGGGUCUCACAUAGGUCCCAAUAUGCCAAAUGGAAUAUUCUGAAUAUUUAAAAUGGUUCAGUUGACUCUCCUCAAAUGUAGUGAAAGACUAGCUAAAACGAAUGUGUUCAUGACAUGGAUGCUUCUCUGAUUAACAGUAUCUUGGUCAUUGAAACCCGGGUUUAAACCUGGGAAUAUCUGGCUGCCAGAAUUACUUUAUUUUUUCUACUGAAGCUAUGUAAACAUGCCUUAUAAAGCUGGACAUUGUAAUGCAGACUGUACAAAUCUGUUUUUUUCCCUCAUGAUUAUUAGAUGAACUUGAGUAUAUGGAAAGCCAAACCUCCAAUAGUAUUUUAUAAAUGUUGACUGUAAAGUUCAACCUAAACUUAUGGGUGUUGGGAGUGGAGAAGAGGACUGGAAGAAUCCAACUGUAAACCAGCUAAUACAAGCCAGAGCUGUGCCUGGGCUGAUCGAGUUAAAUCACAGAAAUAUGAAAAAGUCUGAAAAAUGGAGAAUCUAUUUAUAAUCAAAGAAACAAUAAGUGGACACACCUUCUCUAUUUCAGAGCUCCCCUUUUUCUAUUUGUCAGCCUGACAACGUGUUACUGUCCCUGAUGGCUUGUUACCAUCUCAGUCAACUUGUCAGUUGUUUUGCAAGGGUACACUGUAUUGUUGAACGCUGAAACUACAGAACAUUCCUACACCCGGGUUAUCUUCUUAGCUUUCUGUUCCUUUAGCGUAUCCUGGCAUAGGGCCAAAAGGGAAUGGGAUGGAGCUUCUACUUGCUGCUGUUCUUCCAUAGAAUGUAGAGAGACAAACCAUCCGUAUCCAUAGAAUGUAGAGAGACAAACCAUCCGUAUCCAUAGAAUGUAGAGAGACAAACCAUCCGUAUCCAUAGAAUGUAGAGAGACAAACUAUACGUAUCCAUAGAAUGUAGAGAGACAAACCAUACAUAUCCAUUCUCCUGCCUGGAACUACACUGCCAAACUAUCCUCCUGCCUUUCAGAGCUUGUGCUAAGAGAUCUUAUUAUGCAAAUCGGUCUCCACUGUUUUAAUGCUGCCACAUUAGCAAUGAUAAUGAAUAAUAAAUUGGUGCUUAUAUUUGUCCUAUUUGAAUUAGAUUUUUUUUGUUUGUUGCAUAUCUCAACUCCGGCUGAGAGACCUGUGGAGAGUGGGGUCACAGACAGGUUCAGCCAUUAUCAACAGCGAAGCAAUUAGGGUUAAGUGCCUUGCUCAAAGGCAAAUCAUAAGAUUUUUUCACCAUGUUGUCUCGGGAUUUGAACUAGCAACCUUUCGGUUAAUGGCCCAAUGCUCUAAGCGCAGGCUAGCAGAACGAUAUGUAGAGUCUAUAGUUUUACAUUCAUCACAACAGCUUGAAAGUGAUUCUGAGAGAGUUUGUCACUUACUGAUGAAGUUAAUCUAAUAGUAAACGUUUGGAGAGGGGAAAAAGUGGUCCAUUAGCCCCUUUUUAGUGUAGACAGAUUACUGCUCAGAGCUCUUUUGCAUUUACGUCAUUUAGAAGACGCUCUUAUCCAGAGCGACUUACAGUAGUGUGUGCAUACAUUUUCAUUUGUACUGGUACCCCGUGGGAAUCGAACCAACAACCCUGGCGUUGCAAGUACCAUGCUCUACCAACUGAGCCACACGGGACCACCAUGCUCUUCUAUUGCUAUCAACUGGUUCAAUGUGGCCUUAUCAACUGUUGGAUGAGUAUAAGGCCUGUGUAUUCUGACUGAAUGCUGUGCCAACCAAUCCUCAACAUGAAGUUCAUCAUCCAUCUGUAUUAGUGCCAGAAAAUGAAUUGAAUUCUGAUUAAUUGAAUCUCAGUUUAAGUGGCCUUUAAAUGCUAUUUUCUUGAAACUGUCUUAAUAAAUCUCACUGACCCAGUAUUGACUCACUCUGCCAAAUGUUAUCAAAUCAUAUGAGAGAGCUUCAAGAAGUAGGAGGACGUUUUCACCUAGAUACUUAUCCAGGAUCAGUUUAGCAUAUUUCCUCAUUAAUGGUUAGGAUUGGGCCAGGUUUAAUGUCUACGCUGAGCAUCGUGGUCAUUAGUCACCAAAUGAAAAUAAACUGGCUGAAACAGGGAGGAACUAACUGGACUACCUGUCAAAUGAAAAAUUCUAAUUUCCACGGUCAAUUUCGGAACAUUAUAUAACAUUUUCUGUUACAUGUCUUAAGGAAUAUGACCCUUGUCAAUGUUCUGUUUCUCUGUUUACUGAUCUACCUUCAAACUUUUACCUCUCAGGAAUCUGUUACAUCACCAGCUGGCUGCAAUCAGUGAUUCUAAACAAAACUUCACUUUUUCAAGUAUAUUGUGUUUUUUUGUAUAUUCGAUUGUGUUUUAGGGAACUUGUUUUGACCAGUGGGUUGAUUUUACAGUUUAGUUUGGUUGCGUUUUAUUUGUACAUCCAAAGGGUCUCUCGAAGGCUCUAAGUUUGCACACGUGUACUCUCACAGAGUAGAGAACAUUCCUCUAUCUAGCUGUUGUCCUCAUUGGUAUGUUCAUUGUCUUACCUACCUACAGAUAUCCAAAUCAAAAUAGUGCCAUAUUCUACUGAAAUGUAGAGAACAUUCCUCUAUCUAGCUGUUGUCCUCAUUGGUAUGUUCAUUGUCUUACCUACCUACAGAUAUCCAAAUCAAAAUAGUGCCAUAUUCUACUGAAAUGUAGAGAACAUGUAUGUGCCUUUUUAUUUUGACGAAACCAAAGAAAGAUGUUCCAGGUUAAGUGUUUAUGAGAGAAGGAAGAUGUAUAUUUGCCUUAAAUGGUUCUACAAUAAAACUGUAAAAGUA